AUGUCUGCUCGAAAGCAAGUCGAUCCCCGUAUCGGCGCCUUAAUACGAAAUGGCCUACAAGAAAAGAAGAGAAGCUUCUUUGUCGUUGUCGGCGACCACAGCAAAGAUGUAAUUGUGCGCCUACACUACAUUAUGUCGCGCGUCGACAUCAAGCAGAACAAGUCUGUCUUGUGGGCGUAUAAAAAUAAAUUGUUGAACUUUACCAGUCACCGAAAGAAGCGCGAGGCCAAGAUCAAAAAUGAAAUAAGGAGGGGCAUCCGCGAAGUCAACGAUGAAGACCCGUUUGAGCUGUUUAUUUCGCUACACAACAUUCGAUACACCUACUACAAGGAGACGGACAAGAUUCUCGGCAACACCUACGGCAUGUGUAUCCUGCAGGACUUUGAGGCCGUGACGCCCAAUACCCUCGCGCGCACCAUUGAAACGGUCGAAGGUGGCGGUCUCGUCAUUCUGCUACUCAAGGGCAUGAGCUCGCUGCGCCAGCUUUACAACCUCUCCAUGGACGUGCACUCGCGGUACCGCACCGAAGCCCACGCCGACGUCGUCGCCCGCUUCAACGAGCGCUUCCUGCUCUCCCUCGGCAGCUGUGAGUCGUGCCUCGUCAUCGACGACGAGCUCAACGUGCUCCCCAUCUCGGGCGGCAAGGACGUCAAGGCCCUCCCGCCGCCCGAAAGGGACGAAAACACGACGCCUGCGCAGCGCGAGCUAGCAACCAUCAAGGAGGACAUGCAAGAUCGCCAGCCUGUCGGUUCCCUCGUCAAGCUCGCCCGUACCGUCGACCAGGCCAAGGCACUCCUCACAUUCACCGAUGCCAUCGCCGAGAAGACGCUGCGCAGCACGGUGGCCCUGACCGCCGCCAGAGGUCGCGGCAAGUCGGCCGCGCUCGGCGUUGCCGUCGCUGCCGCAGUAGCUUACGGAUACAGCAACAUCUUCAUCACAUCCCCAUCGCCGGAAAACUUGAAGACGUUGUUUGAGUUUGUUUUCAAGGGUUUCGAUGCUCUGGGCUACGCCGACCAUGCCGAUUACUCUAUUAUUCAAAGCACGAAUCCCGACUUCAACAAGGCCAUCGUCCGUGUCAAUAUUCACCGCCAGCACCGCCAAACUAUCCAGUAUAUCCGCCCGCAAGACGCUCAUGUUCUCGGACAGGCUGAGCUGGUUGUCAUUGAUGAGGCUGCUGCCAUCCCUCUGCCUCUUAUCCGCAGACUGAUGGGCCCUUAUCUGGUCUUCAUGGCAUCUACCAUCAACGGUUAUGAAGGUACUGGUCGCUCUCUGUCGCUGAAGCUCAUCAAACAACUGCGAGAGCAGUCGCGCACCGCUUCUGCUGGUGGUGCUGAUACCGAAAUCGCUGACCGUGCCACUGGACGCGCGGCAAAGGGCGAAGAGUUUCAGGCCGGCCGCAAGCUACGAGAGAUUACUCUCUCCGAGCCGAUUCGUUAUGCACAGGGGGAUGGUGUUGAAAAGUGGCUAAACAAGCUGCUGUGUCUCGAUGCUCAGCUACCCAAGGUCAAGGCCGGAUCCCCUGAUCCUUCCCAGUGCGAGCUUUGGAACAUUAACCGCGAUACCCUGUUCUCUUUCCAUCACGUUUCAGAGGCCUUCCUUCAGCAGAUGGUUGCGCUUUAUGUGGCCAGCCAUUACAAGAAUACACCAGAUGAUCUGCAGCUGAUGAGCGAUGCGCCCGCUCACGAGCUUUUCGUUCUGACUGCUCCUCGAUCUGACCAGACUGGCAGGCUCCCCGAGCCUCUGUGUGUGAUUCAAGUCGCACUCGAGGGUAAGAUUAGCAGAGAAAGUGUACUAAACAGCUUGAGCCGCGGCCAGAGACCUCACGGUGAUUUGAUUCCCUGGCUCGUCAGCCAGCAGUUUCAAGAUGAGAAUUUUGCCACGCUGUCCGGCGCUCGUAUCGUACGAAUAGCCACCAACCCCGAAUACAUGUCCCAGGGCUACGGCUCCAAGGCCCUCGAGCUCCUCAUCAACUACUAUGAGGGCAAGUUUGCUAACUUGUCCGAGGACGAGGACCAAAUCAUGGACGACCGGGUUAGCAGAGCUACGGAUGCUGAGCUUUCGAAAACGUCGCUAUUAGAUGACAAGAUUGCCGUCCGUGACGUCAGCAAGAUGCCGCCUCUGUUUACCAGCCUGUCGCAGAAGCGUCCUGAGAAGCUGGACUACGUUGGUGUCAGCUACGGCCUGACCAAAGAACUGCAAAGGUUCUGGAAGCGGUCCUCCUUCGCCCCGGUUUACCUACGUCAAACGGCCAAUGAUUUAACGGGUGAGCAUACUUGCGUUAUGCUGCGGCCUCUAGGGACGGGCGAAGAGUCGAGCUGGCUCGGCGAAUUCUCACGCGAUUUCCAAAAGAGAUUUGCCUCUCUCCUCUCUUAUCAUUUCCGCACAUUCAACGUUCAAAUGGCCCUCAGUAUUGACGAGGCUGCCUCUGCUGGCGCCAGGCUCGACGGCACGGAAGUUGCGCCCCUGACCAAGGAGGAGCUGGAUCGCUACAUGUCGCCGUUUGAUCUCAAGCGCCUGGAGUCGUAUGCCAACAACAUGCUAGACUACCAUGUGAUCCUCGAUCUGCUCCCCACCAUUGCCAGCCUCUACUUCAAUGGCAAGCUCAAGCAGGGCGUGAACUUGACGGGCAUUCAAAAGGGCAUCGUCAUGGCCAUGGGUCUUCAACGCAAGGACUUUGACGCGACCUCGCAGGACCUCACUGUGCCCGCGCCGCAGCUCAUGGCCAUGUUUAUCAAGAUCCUGCGCAAGGUGACGACGCACUUUGCGACGCUCGUCUCGGCCGCCGUGGACGCAGAGAUGCCCAAGGCGCAGCAGGUGGGCGUCAGCCGCGCCGAUGCCAGCGGCGCGCACGACGACGAGGCGGUCGAGGACAAGUACGCGCCGUUGACGAUGUCGCUCGACGACGAGCUGGAAGAGGGCGGCAAUGAGGCGUUGCAGCAGCUGCGCAAAAAGCAGCGCGAAAUGAUUGACUCGCUUCCGCUGGACCAGUACGGCAUUGAUGGUGACGCCCCCGCGUGGGAGGAGGCCGAGAAGCAAAUGAAGAAUGCCAUCAAAGACGGCAAAGCUGCGGGCGUCGUGAGCGUCAAGUCGGGCAAGACAAAACGCAAGGCGGCCGCAACAGCCAGCGAGGUGUAUGAGGAGACAUUUGGCGACAAAUCAUCAAGGAAAAAGGCCAAAAAGGGUAAGAAGGCCUAA